CGAUAAAUCCCUCUCUAAUCGUUUGGUGGAAAACGCGAAGACGGAGGCGGAGCAAAUGGCGUCGCCGUCGCUUUAUCUCUCGCCGUUCAAAACCCUAGCCCCUCUAUCUCCGCCGCCUGAAUUCUCCCCGUCGCUCGGUCCCUCCUCGUCUUUGAGCCACGGUUGCUCGUGCUCUUUCCUCGCCGUUCGACGUUUAGGAAGGACGACGAGGAAGGGGAGGAAGCAUUCGCAGGUUGUGGCCAUGGCUCCCGAGGAAGAGAAGCUCACUCGUCGGAGCCCUCUCGAUUUCCCCAUCGAAUGGGAGAGACCGAAACCCGGGAGAAGGCCGGACAUAUUCCCCAAGUUUAGCCCGAUGAAGACACCUUUGCCACCCCCCGGGCCGUUCGAUCCCCCGGCAGAAUACGAGGAAGAAGACGAAGAAGAAGAGAAGAAAAAGGAAGAAGGGGAAGAAGAAGAUGAUCCCAACAAGGAAGAAGAGGAACAACCCGAUAAGCCCAAGUGAAAUUUCUCCUUUUUCUGUCAAGAGAGAGUCCACCUAGAGGGAAAAAAAAAAGUGUCAAACUUUAGUAGUUCUAAGUGAUCUUGUGUUUGGAUUUUGAGUCGUGGCUUUUGCCCCUUCUCCUCCUCCUGUUUGGUCAUUAAGAUAAUAUCAAAGAUUUGAAUCUUGUUUUGAGAAUGGAGCAAUUUUUGAGGUUA